UUUCCCCUCCCAUCUCAUUUUUGGAGUAAAUAAAGAAGAGAGAUGAUACUGAAAGCAGUUGUGCUGCUGGCCUGUAUUGUGGGCAUCAGCACAUUCCCCAUGGAAGACCCUGAAGAUGGAGGCAAGCACUGGGUGGUGAUUGUUGCAGGUUCAAAUGGCUGGUACAACUAUCGACACCAGGCAGAUGUGUGCCAUGCCUACCAGAUUGUACACCGAAAUGGAAUUCCAGAUGAACAGAUCAUUGUCAUGAUGUAUGAUGACAUUGCUGAUAAUGAUGAAAAUCCAACAAAAGGCAUUAUCAUCAACAGACCUAAUGGCACAGAUGUGUAUGCUGGAGUGCCCAAGGACUAUACAAAGGAGGAUGUUACUCCAAAGAAUUUCCUUGCUGUUCUCAGAGGAGAUGCAGAAGCAGUAAAGGGGGUGGGAUCAGGAAAAGUAUUAAAAAGUGGUCCCAAGGAUAAUGUGUUUGUUUAUUUCACUGAUCAUGGAGCUCCAGGACUUCUGGCCUUCCCUGAUGAUGAUCUUCAUGUCAAGGACUUGAACAAGACUAUUUGGUACAUGUAUCAUCACAAAAAAUACCGGAAGAUGGUGUUUUACAUCGAAGCAUGCGAGUCUGGAUCUAUGAUGAAUCAUUUGCCUGAUAAUAUCAAUGUUUAUGCAACAACAGCUGCCAAUCCCAAGGAGUCAUCUUAUGCGUGUUACUAUGAUGAUGAAAGGGAGACAUAUCUUGGAGACUGGUACAGUGUUAAUUGGAUGGAAGAUUCAGAUAUGGAGGAUCUAAGAAAAGAAACUCUCCACAAGCAGUUCCAGCUGGUGAAGAAACGCACCAACACCAGCCACGUUAUGCAAUAUGGAAACAGAAGCAUAUCCUCCAUGAAAGUGAUGCAGUUUCAGGGCAUGGGGAGGAAAGCUGUCCCCAUUACUCUGCCACCUGUAGAACACUAUGAUCUGACACCUAGUCCUGAUGUGCCUUUUGCAAUCAUGAAACGAAAGCUGAUGGCUACUAAUGACAUUUAUGAGGUUAAGAAGAUUGCUGCAGAGAUGAAAGCACACCUGGAGGUGAAAGAGUUUAUCCAAGAAUCCAUGAGAAAGAUAAUCACCUUAGUAACAGGAUCAAAAGAACACACUGACAAAAUUCUGUCAGACAGACUGACCAUCAGCAAUUAUGACUGCUACCAGUCAGCAGUAAACCACUUCAAAGCUCAUUGCUUCAACUGGCACUUAGCUGUGUAUGAGUAUGCACUGAGACAGCUGUAUGCUUUGGUCAACGUUUGUGAAGGAGGAUACCCCAUUGACAGAAUAUGCCUGGCCAUGGAUAAAGUGUGCCUUGGAUAUUGAUGGAAACAUCAGUCCCUAUUGUAACCCUUACUAGAAGUGAUACCUUUUCAUAACUGUAACAAUCCAGACUUCAUAUGCAUGCAACAUGAAGAGUCAGCCAUAGUACUGGAGCUGUGCUGGGGGCUGAUGCACCUGACCAUGAGCAAUACAGCAUUUGCCUGAGCUCUCCCCUGCAUCCCUGCCUGUUGACAGCUCACUGGUGUGACAGAGGUAUUUUGGCAGACCACCUGGAGCUCUCAAGAUGAU